AUGAGGCGAAUGCAGUCGAGGUGGAGGACUUGGUUGUUCGAGAAGUGGGUCCGCUGUGCAGGGCAGGUUGCAUGGGAGUCUGAUCCGUCAGAGUGGAACCGCGCGGCAUUGAGCUGGGACACCGCUGCGGAAAGCUUCUGGAUGUGCAGGCCGCAGAACGGCAACUACAAUCCAAUUCCCAGGCGAGCGAGGCUGCCAUCGGGGGUGCAAAUGGUGUGUCGAUACGAAUGUGCGAAAAUCUGGGAGUGGGACCAGGAGUCUGGGGCGGCGCCGUGGCAUUCGCUGUUGUGCCCGGGUGGGCUGAGCAUUUAUGCGAAGCGCAACACCUUCCACCAGCGCGUCGCGCUGCUAGAGUCCUUCCUUUGGUGGCGUCGAAGACGAGGCAAUCAGUUCUUCGGUACGCAGAAUGUCUCCGAGCUGCUGAAUGCUCCCAUGACGAACGCCAGGAACUUCCAGCCUGAGGAACUCUGCCAGCUUCGUGCCGGGCUCACCGACUCGAAGGCGCGGCACCUCGACACGGCUCUGCUGCUGGAGCGGCUGUCAGGCCAGAAUGCUCCGCUGCGCCUGCAGCUCCGAGAGGGCCGAGAGGCUCAGCCGGAGGCAGGAGCUCAGUCCUCCCUGCCGCAAGGCGCACGUCCGGGUCUUGUCCAGACAAAGAAAACCGCAGUGAAUGCCAUCGGCAUCGGAGAAGCCGUGCACACCCAAGAAGCCGCACGUGCAGAUCCAAUGCUCGGGAGGGCAAGUCGCAGGCGAGCUCGGGCUUUUAAGGUAGAGAAGCGACGCAGCGCAGCGCUUCAGAAGAGAGUGGAUGGGCAAGAAGCGCAGAAAGCAAGCGAGGCCAGAGAUGUGGGACAGCUGAGAAGCGAGCUUGCUUCUCUGCGAACAUGGGCGAAGCAGGUGCGGCUGAAGCAUGCAGCAAAGCAGGCGCGAGUGAACGCCGACAAGCACACCGUGGGCCUCUUGCUGGCUUGCCUGGGCUUGUUGGUGAAGGCCCAUGGGGAGACAGCAGACCAGCUUCGACAUGAAUUGCGACGAGAAGUUGAGGGAGCAGCGCAACAUGGCGUUUCCUGUAAAAGCGGCAAGCCGCGCUCCAAGCAGAAGGGCGCGGGCUACUGUCGACCCUCUCUGUCCUGCCACCAUCGCCGAGGCUUGUGGCAAAUGUCAAGACGUCGCCGUGGUCGUCGGCUAUGCCCGACUCAAAUUGUGUGA